GCCACAGCGCCUGAGGCAAGCGGCUGCGCGCGGGCUGUUUGUCUAGCUCUCCGGCCUUGCGGUGUCCAGACCGCCCUCGAUUCCUUUAGACACUGGCGGGCAGCAGGCAUGGCUGGAAUCCCCGCGCCGGGCAGCAGGAGGCGGAGCGGGCCCCAAACACCCAUCGCUGGCCCGCCGCUCAGCAUCGGGCAUCCUCCGAGCAAGCGGGCCCGGGGCUUCCCCGUGGCCGCAGCUCAGGACCCCGAAGAUCCGUUUGGUCCGCACGGGGAUUUCACCGCGGACGACCUGGAGGAACUCGACACCCUCGCGUCACAGGCCCUGAGCCAAUGCCCGUCCGCUGCUCGGGACGCGUCCAGUGUUUAUAAGGUCCCCAGAUUAGAUGGAAUGUCAAAAAAUCCUGCAGGGAAAAACAGAGAAAGUGUUCCAGUUAAAGCUAAUUUUGAAUUAGAGGUACUUCAAGCACAAUACAAAGAACUUAAAGAGAAGAUGAAGACAAUGGAAGAAGAAGUCCUCAUUAAAAAUGGAGAAAUUAAAAUUUUGCGGGACUCACUGCAUCAGACUGAAUCCAUUUUAGAGGAACAGAGAAGAUCACAUUUCCUUCUUGAGCAAGAGAAAACUCAAGCACUCAGUGACAAAGAAAAAGAAUUCUCCAAAAAGCUCCAAUCAUUGCAGUCUGAACUCCAGUUUAAAGACGCAGAGAUGAAUGAAUUAAGAACAAAGCUUCAAAGCAGUGAACGAGCAAAUAAACUAGCUGCUCCCUCUACUUCUCACGUCAGUCCUAGGAAAAACGCUUCUGUGGUUAUAAAGACAGAAGCAUGUUCUCCACAAUUUGGAAACCCAUCUUUCCCUACAAAGGAGUCUUUUAGUGCUAACAUGCCCCUUCCCCACUCCUGCCAGACAGAGCCAGGAUACAAGCCCCCGGUAGGCAGAGAGGUUUCAGAGAAUCAGACCCAAAGUCUGGGAGAUGCCCCUAGAAAGCAAGAAGAGUCCCCAAAACAUCUUGUUGACAGCUGGAUGCAGAGCUCAAACACUCAAGGUUCCAUUUUGAUAAACCUUCUCCUGAAGCAGCCUUUGAUCCCAGGGUCGUCCCUAGGUCUGUGCCACCUCCUGAGCAGUUGUUCUGAGGCCCCUCCCAGCACCCUGCUGCAGCCACCGGGGUUUGGCAGUUCCUUGACUGGGAUUUCAAGCCUGAGGACCACAGUUUCUCGUGAUGGGUCAUUUCCCCUCUCGGCCCUUAGAGAAGCACAGAGCCUGGCACUUACUGGACUGAACCUGAUUGCCAGGAAUGAAGGCUCAUGUGACAGAGACCCAGCAGAGGGAGGCAGGAGGGCCUUCCCGCUCUGCCAGCUCCCUGGAGCUGUGCAUCUCCUCCCCCUGGUGCAGUUCUUCAUCGGCUUACACUGCCAGGCUUUGCAGGAUUUGGCAGUAGCUAAGAGAAGUGGAGCGCCCGGAGACACACCGACACAUUCCUCCCACGUGAGCCCUGGGGUAGAGACCAGCCCUGAGGACUCACUUUGCCACCUGGAAGGCUUCUCUGUGGCUUCACUUAGCGUUCUCCAGCACCUGGUGUGCCACAGUGGAGCAGUCACCUGCCUGUUACUGUCAGGAGCAGGGCCGGAUUCUGCUCUGGAAGGAAACCCGAGCCUGGAUUCCCAGGGGGAUGUGAGCCCAGCCCCAGAGGGGCUCGCCGAUGACCAAGGCCAGCAUCCACUAUUGAAGAUGCUUCUUCGCCUGUUGGCUUUCUCUUCUGCAGCAGCAAAUCACCUUCAAGCCAGUGUCCUCAGCCAGUGCCUUAAGGUUUUGGUGAAAUUAGCUGAAAAUGCUUCCUUUGAUUUCUUGCCCAGGUUCCAGUGUGUGUUCCCGGUGCUGCCACAGUGCCUCAGCCCAGAGACACCCCUGCCCAGCGUGCUGCUGACUGUUGGGCUCCUCUCCCUCCUGGUGGACCACGAGAAGCUCGCACCUCAGCUCUGCUCCCACUCGGAGGGCUGCCUCCUCCUGUUGCUGUACACGUACAUCACAUCAAGACCUGACAAAGUGGCCUCGGACACACAGUGGCUUCAACUAGAGCAAGAGGCCGUGUGGCUCCUGGCUAAGCUUGGUGUGCAGAGCCCCUCCUCCCCUGUCACUGGCUCCGACUGCCAGUGCAACGUGGAGGUGGUCAGAGCACUCACAGCAAUGCUGCACCGACAGUGGCUGACAGUACGGAGGGCAGGGGGCCCCCCCAGGACCGAGCAGCAGAGGCGGACAGUGCGGUGUCUGCGCGACACGAUCCUACUGCUGCAUGGCCUGUCCCAGAAGGACACGCUGUUCACAGUGCACUGCGUGGAGGCCCUGCACCAGUACGACCAGGUGAUGCUGGGGGUCAGCGUGCUGAUUCGAGGGCUCCCCGACGUGACAGACUGUGAAGAGGCUGCCCUGGAUGACCUCUGCGCCACCGAGACCGAUGUGGACGACCCGGAGAUGGACUGUGGCUGAGGCUGUGAGCAUGGAGCCACAUGGUGGCACCAGCACCACUGUUUUCCUCACCUCAUCAACUGAUUAAAAGCAGUGACUGCUAUUUGAGAACUUGC